UGCGUCCUUCGCUUCCGGCGCGCGCCGUUUGGGCGGUUGCCUUGGAAACGGCUUCCUGCUUUUCCUUCCCCUUACUCUGCCUUCUUAUCAGGUGGGCAUAGGGAAAGGGCCGGGUUCCUCUGAGACCGAGGGGAGGAUGGAACGGGGCAGGGGGGGCGGAAGGUAAGGGGCCACCUGGCGAAGGGAGCUGAGGAGAAAAGGAGUCUUUUGGGAUGGCUGCUAAAAUGGAGCCACCAUAUUCAGAUGCAGCCUACCAUCUUUUCCUGUUCUUAACCUUCCUUCCUUCGGUUUUUUUUUUUUUUUUGACAAUUUACAAAAUAAUUUUUAUUAAUUUUCAGUUACAUUCCAAUAACAGCCACAUUAUAACAAUACCAAUUUAUAAUGCAAUUACUAAUACCAGUCGUUAAGAUACCAAAUUAUAUAAUUUAGGUGGCCCCCCACGUGCUAGAAUGCAUGGUUUGGUGAUUUUCUUUAUUUCUGCAUUCCAAAAUCUUAUUAAUUUCAAUUACAUUCCGAUCAUGAUAAUCCCUUAUACAACAAUUGCAAUAUUAAAAAUAACAUUCAAUGAUUUAUGCCAUCAUCAUCAUUUUUUGGACAAUAUUAUUGAGGACAUCACAGCUAACAGGAGAGCACGAAAGUCUCGGAACCAGCAAAAUUAAAUAACAAAAUAAGGGAACUUUUUAAUAUAUCCAAAACACAUGUCCAUAUUACACAUGUGGACAUAGGUCUCCCUCUGGACGUUGUGGACUCUCCUUCCUUGGAGAUUUUAAAGUGCAAGUUGGAUGGCCAUCUGUCAUGGAUGCAAUAGUUUAGAUUCUUUCAUUGGAGGGGGUUGAACAAAUGACCCUUGGGGUUCCCUCCCAGCUCUGCGAUUCUAUUAUAUACAUAUGCACACAUAUGCACAUCUGUUGGUGUAUGGCAGGAAGAUUGAGUCAGGUGUUGGAGGAACGAUGGGUGAGGUGACGCCUCUCCUAAUUAGCAUGGAGAACCCAAGAAAGCAGGUGCUACAUGAGCUGGUCAGUCCCUUUUAUUCCCAGAUUGCAAACCUUCCAGAGGUAUAUGACUGGCUGGUGCUGGAAACAGAAAGCUUUGCUUUUUGUGUAUUUAUUGUAAUAUUCAGAUGUCCUUCUGGCAAGAAGUGCAGGGUGGCACAAAUGGUUCUCUAUUCCACCCCCUCUAAUCCUGCUUUAUCAUCACAGCAACUAUGUUAGGAAGAUUAGUCUGAGAGUGACUGGCCAAAGUUCUUCCACUAGACAGAUUCUUCCAUCUGAUCCAGCAAGGUGAUUUUUUGGUUGGGCUCAAUGAUGCAUUGCUCAUAGGGGGGUGCAGUACUUUUCAAUGCACAUUUAUUAGAAGUGUGUCCUAAUAGCCGCCAUGGUGCUUACAAGUGUGGAUAGGCUUGUAAAAAAAAAAAAGUAUAUGAUCCCUGGACGGUUAAGUCUAGUCAAAGGCAACUAUGGGGUUGUGGCGUUCAUCUUGCUUCAGGCCAAGGAAGCCGGCGUUUGUGCGCAGACAGCUUUCUGGGUCAUGUGGCCAGCAUAACUAAACUGCUUCUGGCACAACGGAACACCAUGACAGAAACCAGAGCUCACGGAAACGCCGUUUACCUUCCCACCACAGCGGUACCUAUUUAUCUACUUGUACUGGCGUGCUUUUGAACUGCUAGGUUGGCAGGAGCUGGGACAGAGCAACGGGAGCUCACCCCAUUGUGGGGAUUCGAACCGUUGACCUUCUGAUUGGCAAGCCCAAGAGGCUCAGUGGUUUAGACCACAGCGCUACCCGCUGUAGGCUGUUUUCAAAUCAGGUAACUUGCUCAUCCCUAAAAGCUUUUUCAAAAGAGCAAUAAGGGAGUGAAACCUGCCUUUAAGCAUGCACAGAUUGCCUUCCAUUUUGUUUCUGAGCCAUCAGAACCAGCGUUAUCAGAAGGGAGGGGAGAGCUUUCAGGUACAUACCAUGAGUGUAUGGCAGGAUUGUGUUCCAGUAUGUCAUAUGCACACCUUUGUGCUAAUAAUGUUUCUGGGAAAUUAAAUAUAUCAGGCAAUAUUGUGCUUAUUUAAUUUUAAGAUAUUAAGAUACAAGGCUUGUAGCAUUGGGGUGGUAUUCAACUAAGUUUUAUUCAGAGCAGUUCCAUUGAAAUUAAGGGAUGUAACUUAGACAUGUAUGUUAAUUUCAGUGGGGCCACUGAAUACUACCCUUAAUUAAAAAGAUGGUUCUAGGGAACUCGAGCGGUGAGUUGUACAAAUCAUUUUUUAAAUAAUUCUAGGUCUCAAAUCUCAUCAAUAUGCAAUUGAUGUGGCUGCUUCAAACAUUUGGUAGUAUUUCUGCCUGCAUAUUAUUAUGCAGUGCAACCUUUUGAGUGUGUUUACGCCGAUCUAAAUGCUGCUUAUUUCAAUGGGCCUUACUCACUAGUGAGGCUGUAUAGGAAUACAGCUGUAUCUUAGUGCUUGACCUCCUUGGUGACAAGGUCCGGUCAUACUGAUUUUUGGAUAAAAGUCUCUCACCCCAUGGAUGCUCAGAAACCAGUGACAUCAGGACUAGCUGAUGAUCAGGAAGUUGCAUCACAAACAAAAGCAAUCAGUUUUUCUGGUUGCCUGCUCCAGUUCCUCCUGCCACCUUCCUUUGUAAGGGCUGCCAAAAAAACUUCAGCACUUUUUAACAUCAGCUGUAGCCUUGAACUUCACUCUACUGAGGCUGCCCAUUUUGGCUGAGAUCCUGAGGCAAAAUUACAAUUAAAACCAAGACAAAUAAGCAAGAAAAUGUGGGAAAAUGUGGAUCAGCUCAGUUCUUCAGUUCUAUCAGCUACAACCUCUUCUGAUUCAGAGGUAUUCCCCUACUGAACUCCAGUUCCAAAUUUCAGCACAAUCCAUCCUUCUAACCUAUCCACAUGAUGAAACCAUACCCAUAUGUUUUGGUUAAAAUAAGAUCUUUCAGCAGUUAAUAUCACUGUCCAGUGUCAGGGAAUCAGACUGAUUUUGGUGUGGGAAAAGAACUGGAGAAGCAUAGGGCUGAAAAACAAAUUUUAAAAGAAUGUAAAGUUGUGUUCUAAAAUGUAGAAAUAGUUAAAUCCCAAGUGUGAUGAGGAAGUAAGUCCCACUAAAGGUGGGUUUUCAGGAGUACACAAGUUUAUAAUUAGAUUGCAAGAGGUGUAGUAGAGGAGCAUGUACCAUAUUAGUGGCAUAAAAUAAAUAUUAAAAAGUAGUAUUAAAGGAGAAACAUAAUUUUAGGAACAGUGAUUAAUACUGUCUUUUUUUCCUGAGACAUACCUACACAACAGACAAGGAGUAUGUGCCUGUGCAGGUUUAUUCAAAAGUAAAUUGUACUGAUUUCAACUGAACUUUAUCUAGUAAGUCAGUGUGUAUGGGUUUGCAGUGUUAAAAGGUCAUCUUGAACAUGUUUGCUCUGAUGUAAACCACUAUAUUGGGGCAUACAGUUUGUGUGAUUAGGAUUAUAGCCUUAACCUUCUUUAAUAGUUACUUCCUUAGGGGGUAUUAGGAGUUUUCUGAGAAGACAGCUCAGGACAUCUUCAAAUACAGUUCCCAGAAUUUGCUGAGAGAAGACAUGGCACUUGAUAGGUUUGUAGUGUAGUUAUGCCUUCCCUAAUACAAGUUGUUUCCUGUCCUCAUUUGACGUUUCUGUCUCUUCCUAGGCCAUGUCCCUGUCUUGCUUCUUUAACCCCCAUCAUGGCUGUUUAUUACGCGCCAAUGGUCAUGGAGAAGUGUGGACAGAUUGGAACAGCUCUGCCAAGUUCUUCCAGUAUGGCUGGAGGUGCACCACCAACGAAGACUCCUACACCAACAAAACCCUCUUGGGGAACUGGAACGAAGAGCGCUAUGACAUUCGGAAAAUACUGCAGCCCAAGCCUCUCCCUUCCCAGGUCAGAGUACCAUAUUCACUUCGCCCUGUUUGUUAGCUUUUUAACGUAAAGUGAAAUAUUCAACCCUCUGGCACAGGGGCGACUAACCUGCGGCCCUCUGGAUGUUCUUGGACUUCCAUUCCCAUCAGCACCAGCAUCCAGUUAGGGAUUAGGGGAGAUGUAAUUCAGCAGCAUCUGGUGGCCAAAGGUCCUCCACCCAUGCUCUAGUACAGGGGUCAGCAAGGUUUAUCUUGCCUGGGCUGGAUUGUGCACCCGCGUGAGCUUGCGCCCCCAUGAUUUUUGGCAUCUGCGCAGACGUGAUUUUUGGCGCCGUGGAAGCAAGGCGCUGCGCUGUGGCAGUUUAGUGCAACGCGCGAGCAGGCAACUCGGUUCGCGGGUGGCUCGUGGGCCAGUCAAACGACCUCCAUGGGCCACUUCUGGCCCAUGGGCCUCAGGUUGCUGACCCCUGCUCUAGUACUCUGUGUUUAAUUUAUCUUAUAACCUGUUGAACGAUUCCAGCCCAGCUUUAGAAGAGCAAGUGUGAAGAUAAGAUACUUGAACUGCUUUACUUUCCUGUUCGGCCACGGUGGUUACUGGUCUCUGGAGUCCAUCAUUCUCUUUCAGGCUAAUCUAUGUCACAAUGUUGUGAUGAGGAUUUAAAAGGCGGGGGCACCAUGUAGGCCCCUUGGUGGAAAGGUGGGAUAUAAAUGUUCUGUUGUAUUUUAUAUUUGAAGGGGAGCUUGGCUGACCUAAAUCAGGCAUCACCUAGGAGUUCAUGUCUGUUGCUCCAAGCUCCAAGGAAGAAGCACAUAUGUAAUAGUAGGCAGCAUUCCUGUUUAUGAUGUUGUCCUUCCUUGCUUUCCGUCUGUUCAGUUCCAGUUUAUUUUCUUUGGCUGCAAUCCUAUGUACACUUCCCUGGGAAAGAGUCCCACUGAACACAUUUUAUGAGUAAACUUGCAUAGGAUUGCAGUAUUAGCCAUUUCAUCCCACCAAACCCUCCACCACCACAUAAUACCUAAUUAUACCCAGCCCUUCUGCCUCACUAAGCCAAGCCAAGCCAAGCUGGUAUUGCUUUGGUGAUAAGGCUCAUCCUCUUAAAAGUUCUACAUGAUUUUUUGUCUAGAAAAAAAAAGGCAACUAAAGGGGGGCAUGAUAGAGGUGUACAAAAUUAUGCACAAUACAAGUAUAUGAAUUUGCAUGUGGUAUGAAUAAAAUGGGUAAAGAGGCAUUUAUUUCCCAUAAUACUGGAACCCAGUGUGGUCAUCCAAUUAAUCUGAAUGUUACAAGACUCGUGGCAGACAGAAGGAAAUUCUUCUUCACAGUUAAACUAUGGAAUUCACUCCCACAAUAUGUUGGGAUUGCCACCAACUUAGGCCUUAUCUACACUUAGCUUUUGCCUGGUCUUUCCAGGCACGGAUCCAUGUCCAAGAAAUUUUUAUUUUUUUUAACUUGCAAAAACCUGCUCUUAAAAGCUGAAGCACAAUAAAUGGCAAAUCGGGUUUCCUGCAGAUUGCUGCAAAGCAAAUAAUAAUAAUAAUAAUAAUAAUAAUAGGUGCUUGAACACAGAGGUUUAAAGCAUGGACCAUGCCUGAAAAGUGUGGAGGAAAGGUAACUGUGGAUAAGCCCUCAGAGGAAUUUAAAAGAGGAUUAGACAAAUUCAUGGAGGUGAAGGCUGCUAGUCAUACUAGAUAUAUUCUACCUCCAGGAUCAGAGGCAAUAUGCUCUGCCUGAGUACCAGAACGUGAGCAAGAGAGUGCUGUUACCUUCAAGCCCUGUUUGUGGACUUCCCAGAAAUACCUGGUUAGCCACUAUGGGAAUUGGGAUUCUGGACUUGAUGGGCAUUUGGUCUGAUUCAGCAGCCAGUCUCUUCUUAAUGUUCUUAUGGUUUCUCAGUUACCGUAAACAUGCACUCAAUCUGGGUUUUCCUUUUCAGUUUGCUCACUAUUUUGAGUCCACCUACACAUCGGACUACUCGAAGAAUAUGCCCCACAGCACAAGAAGUAGGUACAUAAAACUGAAAUGCAGGCACUUAAUUUAAAAGCUGCAAGAGAACUUUGGGAAGAUCUAGUUCUUCCCCCAGUUCUGAAUCCUCUAUUCUCAAAUAUUCCUAACAGAGCUUUCCAAAUAAGAGGAAUACAGAAGUGAUAAUGUAUAAUGUGUCUUGAGGGGCCAAAGUGCAGCUUAGAACAACAAUAAGUAAAUGAAUGCCAUGAGUCAAGUGUCAGUGGACUCUGGUGGUGACAGCAAGGGACCUGUAGGAACACAAAGAAAUCCAUUGCAAUAUGUCCUGAAGUACUAGCAGUCUGGAUGCACAAUUGAAUGGUGCCACCCCCAUCUCCCCUGAAGUUGUCAGCUAUCCGUGGGAAUUAGAAAGUGGCAGCCAUCAUCAUCAUUAUUAUUCAUAUGAUUUCUUACCCAUUCUUUCACCAUAAUGUCCCCAGGGAAAGUAACAGCAACAUAAAAAGGUAUAGUUAGUCCAUGAUUUAGAAAGCAACCAAGACCACCCUGAUAGUGCAAGAAUGUAAAUUUGGGAUAUAUACCUGAUUGCAUAUACUGAACUUUGCUGGUAUGCAAAUUGGAAACUGCACCCAUAGAAAUGGGUGGAUUCGGGUGCAGAAUCUUCCGUACUGCACUUGUGAUAAAGCAGCAUGUCCCGUAUCACUUUCCUAAUGUGCUUUCUCAGGUAUUCAGCUCCCUUUUAGAUUGGCAGAAGCUAAGACUGCCUUUGGCUGCUGUCGAGUUUGUUCAGUGCAAUGUGUUCAUUCCGCUUUACUGGCUUGCAACUGCCCUGCCUUCUUUUGAGCUCCUCAGCCUUGUCCUCUCUCUGCUGUUAGGAGUUAUGCGAGAUGUUCACUGGUUCCCUGGACACCAGCCAGAGCUGGAGCCUCCUCCAAUCAAGCCAACUGCCCGGUCAUGCUACAUGAUAGAUUAUGAGCCUCCACAGAAGAAGGGAGCCUGCUGCUUGGUUGACACGAAGCCCAAAGAACAGCAAGGGACUCCGCUGAAGCAGUAGGACUAGAGUAGGGCUUCUUCUGCUUCAGGACAGCCUGGGUUGCUUGAAAGGCCCUGCCUCUGUGACCCAGUUGCCCCCUCUUUCCCCCACCCACCCACUUAAAAGCUAGGCUGCCAUGCAGCAACUCACAAACCAUGUCUGUGAAUAAAAGAGUGAGAAGGAGAUUCUUCUUCUUGUGGCUUGGGGGGGGUGUGGGUGUGUGUACAGUUUUUACUGUACUUUCCCUCUGAUGUUUUGUGAAGCACCAC